GAUUCGCUCUCACUCUUCUGUCGAGACUUGCCCGAGAAAGAACGAACAUUUCUCUCUCUCUCUCUGGGGUUUCGUUUUGUUUUUGUUAUUUCUCUCUCGUGGCAGUUCCUUGUCUAGUGCAAACGAGACGUUCAAGAAAAAAGAAGAAGAGUUUGCAAAUUGUUUGUCACUUCGUCUCGUUGGAAGAAAACCAAAACAUUAAAAAAACACGCGCCAUUUUAAACAGUUCACGUAUGCAAAAACGUGUUUUUUCUUUCUUUCAUUCUUUCGAGAGAAUAGAACAAGUGACUAAAAAGAAAAGACAUUCACACAAACUCGAAUUUAUUAUCCCAGUGGAAAGAGAAUCAUUGGCGACGAGUACGAAGAAAUAGUGUGAAAAUGGAAACAAUCGGCUCGAGUACGUCGGUCUGAAUGGUUUUCGCCGAUCAGACACAAAGAGAACAAGAACGUAAUCACAAUCGGUAAAAUAUAUUUGUUUGUUAAAAAGAAAAUCAGGACAUGGAAACAAGUGAAAACUCCAGGUGCAGCCCGACUAAGAAGAAUUGCUAAGCAACCGAAACUGGCCAAACAGGAUGUGACAGUGAUGUGACAUUUAUAAGUUCUCUAUUAUUUUUCGCUGCCCGUUAACAACUAGACAACUGGUCUAAUUUUAUUGUUCAACUUCACCGUCCAGCACUUGGCAAUUGGCCGAUCACGAGCGGAAUCAUCGUCCUAUUUAUUUCUUUUGUUAAGUCGAUUUACGAAAGAGUGUCGUGUGUGUUUUACCUCGGCAGCUGUUCCAGUAAGUCGGACAACAACCAGUGAUAGAAUUCAAAAGAAACGAUAGGCCGUGUGUUUGAGUGUAAACAAAUUGAAAUUAUAAAUUCAAAUUUAAAGAAAAACUAAAACUCCAAAGUCAUGGGGAAUGCACGAGAAAUCCGGCGGAACAACGAGACGGCCCUCGGUCCGGCACCGACCGAACCACCUGCUCUACCUCCACGACCUCUGGUCGAGAAUAUGCCUAGCAACGCCAGAGUCGUUGAAAAUCAAGAUGCAGCUUCAAAUAACAAUUGCAACCCGUGCAGCAAGAAAUACGUGAUGCUGUGUGCGGCUUGCGGUGGUUUGGCCAUCAUCCUGGGCAGCUUGUUCGCUGUUCUCUACGUCGUCCUACGCUCCUACACUUCGUCAUUGCACUACUUUGAAACGGUGCCUUCCUACGUCGCUUCCGUCUCGUUGAUCGUUACGGGACUUUUGAUGCUUUGCUUCGGUUGGAGAAGAAACCGUUUCGGAUAUCUGGUGAAAUUAUGCGGGGCGUGCUGCUUAGUGUGCGCCGUUGUGUGCGUAGUCAUCACCGUGACGACGACAGUGGUGCAUAUGAAUCGGCUGCAGACGCUGCGUGAGUGCGUUUACAAUGCCCGCGGCCGCUCGUGUACCUGUUUCACAGGUUCGUCCGCAGCUAUAAGAGGAGGAGGAGUUACCAAUGUCAACGGCCAGCAACAAACGGCCGGAAUUGUUCCCAUCAUCGAUCCGACCCACGAUCAAGGUAGCGCCAAGUAUAUCUUUGCCGACACGCCAGACUGCGAAGUCGUUCACGGUGCCCUGUACGCCUGCCUGCGGGCCCUCUUUGGACUUUCGGUCAUCGGCAUCUUGGUCUCUUUAUUCUCCGGAAUGCUGGUCUACCAACUCCUCGGGCACGAACGGAAGAAAAUGUAUUGGGAACAGCUGGAACUGCGAAGCCGCGCCCUAUUCCGGCGCCAUCAUCCUCCACCCUGCUGCGGCUGUUGUCAGGACUGUCGUUUCGCUCCAGCCUCCAAUAACCCGAUGCUGGCCUGGCCAGCCUGGGACGUCUUGGAUGACAGUCGUUACUGGGGUCUUCACGGCGGCAACUUGUACUCCCCCGGACCGUGUGCCAACGGAACGGGCGGCGCCAGCGGACAGGUCAACUGCAGUGGACAGGCGCAUGGCGUCAACUCAACUAAUGGAAGUUGUCCAGCUCAUCGAAGGCCAGCCGGCAACCCGGGAUGGAACUGGCUUCCGUGGCGCCCAUCUGUUUCGGAUAGCAGCGAUGUCAGCAGCACCGUGCGAACAAGGAGGGCACCGAAUGACCCUGGACCCGUCAUCAUAGGACCAGAUGAUCAUUACGGGUUUCCAUUGAGUAGCAACAGCAGCAAUUAUCGUUCGCCCCUCGCAUUGACGACGGCAACUAGCCCAGGGACUGGGCAGGAAAGAGUGGCUGGAUGGGGCCCUCCGCCACCGUAUUCGAGAGGAAGUACAAGUGAACUUGGCUCUAUAUCUGCAUCGACGCCGAUCGGAAGCCUUUCGCCAGCUCAUCGAAGCCCAGUGUCGACUAAAGAGCAGCACGUCGGACUGGGUUCGUCUUCGACGGCGAGCAGCAGCGCCGCUGGUGGAACAAGUAAAGACAGUUCGUUACGAAAAGCGAGCGAUCAGCGAGCCUCCGGCUUCUCUAGCAAUCUACCAGCCCGCCAGCAGCCGAAUAAGAAUAUGGUCUCGGGCGUUCACCCGUCGCCAGUCAGCCGAAUGAAUAUAGAUCCGCGCCGGAUGCCAUGGAGUCCACAAACGGCUGGUAUCACUCCCGUCAUUCCUAACGGGCAGGGCGGUUCGCUAUUGACUAGAAAUAUUCCAGCGGCACAACAAACAGGAUCGCCAUCUGGUAGAAGAGAUUUGAGCGGCGGCAAACUGGUGCCUGAAUCGGAACUCUACUUCGCUGAUACGUCCUCGUACGCCGUAUCAGUCAACCACGACAGCAGCAAUUCGUCUGCCAUGUACGAAGAAAUUCACGGUCACCGGUACGACAAAAUCCAGCGCCCCGUUGCCAAAGUCACAAGUAUUCGUAGCGGUGGCAAGCCUUGUCAAAGAUCCAGCUGGGACGGGCAGAACCAACGGCCUCCACCGGGCGUUCACGCUGGAGGUCAGCCGCGGUCGAGACACAGUGCAGACACUGUGAGCAAAGAGAAAAUGUUUUCGCCCAUCGUCGUGCCCAAGUUUAUCAACUGCUCCAACACGACCAGUCAGCAGUCUCACUGGGUACCACCAGGUCAGCCUGAGAUGGCCAUGGACACCUGUUCAUUCGUUCCUUACCGGCGAGCGGCCGUUGUGCCAUCCUCCGGCUGCAGCAACGUCGGAGACACUCGUUUCGUUGACGGAGAAGUUUACGAAAACGUCACCAACUUGGAUUUUGACGAGAAGAAGCCGCGUACCCUGUCACCCGACGAGGAGGUGGCCAUUCUAACUAGCCAGUUCCACGGAUCGAUUGCGGCAACGGAUAUGGAUGUAGAGUCUACUCAGAUGGACUCGGAAUCGGAGGACAACGAUUCCGUUAUGAGAGCCGUCAAUGUGUAAAUGUCACCACAAGUUACCUAAUCUCUAAUAAUAUUUCACUAUUUACCGUGCUGUGUGUUUGUAUGGAGCAGUGCCAUUGUAUAUUAAUAUACUGUAACUGUAUGUCUGCUUAA